ACCGUUGAUUACUCGAGAAACUACGGAACUGUUUUCUUUCUCGUUUCUUUUUAAGUGUACGGCGCUAACGAUCGAAACGCCGUUGCGAAAUCAGCAUAUAUCUGAUGUUGUGAAUGUGGAAUGUAGAUUGACGUAGAUUGAGGAGACGAUUCUGCGGCCAUUCAAGAUGUCAUCAUUUCAAAGGUUGCCGGCUAACCUUCACGUCUGCAGGGAACGCCGUAUGCAGCGUAAAUGUGCGCGCAGUGUUCAACAGAGAUCGCAGCCAACGGAGAGUAGUGCGUGGUGCGGCGAGGGUAGCAUGAUCGGCGCUGCGGGAAGCCGGCAUCUGAACCGUGGCAGGAGAGGAUCAUCGCCCAGUCUGUCUCCCCAGCUGCCGUUGGGCUACAGGAGGGCUUCCUUGACACCGCAGCCCGAAGAGCUGGACGAAGAUGAAGAUGCCGACUCCAACCCCGCGGCAGUACCAGCUACCCCCAGGGACCAACAGCAAGAAGAACAGGAUGAAGGUGGUGGAGAAGGCACCACGUUGCUCCUGCCCGCUGUCACCGUACCACCGUCACCUGUCAUGGCGGGCUCGGCUGAUGGCCCCACGCCCGAGCCUACGACGCCGAGAGAAAAGGUGUCUUCGACGUCGACGCCACGAAGUCGUACGCGACGUCGUGCCCCAUCACGGCUCUCGACGGAGCUUCCGGCUGGCGUCACCUUGGGGCGCCGCCGUGCCGUCACCACGACUGACCACAAGACCUGUGCCUUGCUCCACACCAGACUCAAGGGCAUCCGCCUUGAAGACAUAGCGUUGUCUGCGUUGUCGUCGGCGGAGGCCUCUGGCGGUGAGCGUCGGGGCUUUCGGGGUUCAGACUCCCCGGGCGGCGGUGGCUAUGGCUAUGGCUCUGGCACGUUCGGCGUCUACGGAGCCGGCUCUGGAGGAGGCUUGAGGAGCGACGCCAUGGCUCGGCGUAAAGCAGCCGACCCAGGAGUGAAGGGACCGUCGUCCCUGUUCCUCUUCUCGGAGGACAACUUCAUCCGGCGACAUACAAAGUUCUUCAUCGAGUGGCCAUAUCCUUUCGUGAUCUGUGAAUGUGUGCUCGGUAUCGCCGGAGUGAGUGUUUUUCUUUUUCUUCUUCUGUGCUCGUCAAAUACCCCUUCUCCGGUAAGGUAA